AUGGCGGCGCUCGGCAUAUCCUCGAGCAGCGAGGCGAGCAGCUAUGUCAGCGUCUUGGUGGAGACCGAGACGAAGCGCACCAUAUCUCACGAGAAACUCCAGGCAGUUCUCGAAUGGCUGAUCAGCAAAGUGAACGAGAAGGACACGCCCCAAGGCCCGUCCCUGGAGGACUUCAAUGCGCUGAAAGAGCAAAUGAAGGACAUGGCUCCAAAGGCCGACGUUGACGCGUUGAAGGAGAAGGUCGAUGCGAUGGGCAAGGAACAGGCCCAGCUGAAGGAGCGGAUGGACAAGGCGGAGUCCCGCGUGCAGCGCUUGACGGAGCUGCAGGAGCCGAUGCUGGAGUGGGCCGAGAACGUGGACACGGGGAUGGACGGGCUCCGGGAGCGGAUGAAGGCCCUCGAGGACCGCAUGCAGCGCCUGCGCGAGAUGCAGGACCCGCAGCUCGAGUGGGCCGAGACGAUCGACGCCGCGCUCGAGGGCCUGAAGCAGGCCGUCGGAACAUGCCAGGACGACUGCGACGCCCUCCGCGACGCGCUCAACAGCACGAGCAGCGCCCCGGUGCCCCCCGUCCCCGUGCGCGCCCCCUCCCUGCGCAUGGACCCCACGGAGCUGUCCGACCUCAAGACGCGCGUGCGCAAGUUGGAGAACGCGGCGGGCAAGCUGCCGGACUUCGAGGAGCUGGAGAAGCGGCUCGGGAACAAGGUGGACCGCGACGAGAUGGAGGCGGCGAUGCAGCACGAGGAGCCCGCGGAGAUGCCCGCGAGCGGCGACGUGGACCCGGACGCGCUGGCGCAGCUGUCGCGCGCGGUGGCGCAGCAGGGGCAGAAGCUCCGGCAGACGGACGCGAGCCUGAAGGGUCUGCGGGACGACAUGGACGGCCGGCUGAAGGGGCUGCAGGAGGCGGUGAACGACGCGGCGGCCGCGGCGCGCGAGGCGGCGGACAUCGGGCGCCGCGCGGACAGCGCGGCCGCGGACGCGCAGGAGGGCGUGACGGCGCUGGAGACCAAGAAGGCGGACCGGCGGGAGCUCGCGGGCCUCGGCGGCGGCGUGGGCGACGAGGCGCUGCGGGAGCUGAAGCAAGAGGUGGACCAGGCAACGGCGGACACGCGCUCGCUGGCGUACGCGACGCUCCUGCUGGCGAUCGGGGACCGCGCGCACGCCCACGUGGCGGAGGAGGACACGCGCGAGCACAUCCGGAAGGCGUCGGAGCGCAUGCGGGGGAAGGUGCAGCCGCAGGCGGCGUCGUCGUUCGUGUCCGUGGCGGGCGCGGGGGAGGCCGCGGGGGACGCGAACGACGACGCGCCCGCGCCGGUGGCGGCCGCGGAGGCCAGCGGCGGGGCGCCGUCCGCGGGCGGCGGCGACGGCAGCAAGGGCCCGGCGCUGGGCGGAGGGCCGCGCCCGCGGGCGGAGACGGCGCCGGCGCGGGCGGCGAGGGCGAGGGCGAGGCGGGGCCGCGCUCGGGCGGCGAGGCCGGCGAGAAGGCCAGCGCGUCGGAGUCGGAGGCGAAGGCCGCGGACGAGACGGAAGGUCUGCCCGGGGUGGUGGGGAGCAAGGACGAGCCCGCGGAGCCGCUGGUGGUGCUGUACGACAUGCUGGGCAACGGCCUCGUGCGCGAGAAGGGCGACAAGCAGGCCCUGCGCCGCCUGGCCGAGUGGGUCGACGACAACACCGUGA